AUGAAGCUCAUCCUCGUCUUCGUUGCACUCGUUGCCUUUGCAGCCGCCAGGCAAUAUGAGACAGACUAUCCGGAGUACCCAAAGUCUUAUGACUACGUGUAAGUAAAUUGUCAUUCACGAGCUAGUUCUUGUCAUUAUUUUCUUUCAGCGCAGAAUACAACUCUCAGCAUCCUUACUACAAACUUGGUCGCAAGAUCCAGUACAAACCUCGGCGCAACUCUUGGGAAUCGGAUUCGGAUGAGUCGUCCGACUCGUGGGACGCUGAUUCAAGCUCCGGAUCGGACAGCAGCGACAACGACUGGCUGUUCAGAAACUUCCAAUCUGCGUACGGAGACACUGCCCCAGACACUUAUGGAUCCGCCGCUGCCCCGGCUGGUUCCAGAUAA